CGGGAUCCAAUCGAGGCCUAACAGCAUCGUCUCCAGUUUGGUCCUAUUAGCUCGUGAUUGAUCGCGGAGAGGAAGCAAAGACACAAACGUCGGUCUAAGGGGAAGCGCCUGCCGGGGGGACUUCUCCCUCCAGACCCACCUGGAAGCUGCCUCACCUUCUCUCGCUACCGAGGGUCUGUCAUACAAAGUGAAAUCCAUCCACUAGGGAAUUGCGUGGCAGGAAGGUGUGAUUUUUAUUUAGUUUGCUCCUGAUUCCUUGUUUGCAUAGCACCUGCGUGCCGCCUGCAGCCCUGGGGUUCAGCUCUGUCAUCUGAGCCAUGAGGAUCUGGUGGCUCUUGUUCGUCUCCGGGGCCUGCGCAGGGAUGGUGAGCUCACAGGACACCUGCAGGCAGGGCCACCCUGGCAUCCCCGGGAACCCAGGUCACAAUGGAUUGCCCGGGAGAGAUGGACGUGAUGGAGCAAAGGGCGACAAGGGGGACGCAGGCGAACCAGGACAUCCUGGUGGCCCAGGGAAGGACGGGAUGACCGGAGAGAAAGGAGAACCAGGAGCCGAUGGAAACGUUGAAGCAAAGGGCGUCAAAGGUGAUCAGGGCUCAAGAGGCCCCCCAGGGAAACACGGGCCAAAGGGACUUGUGGGCCCCAUGGGAGAGAAAGGCCUCAGAGGAGAGACCGGCGCCCAAGGGCAGAAGGGGGAGAAGGGCGACGUGGGUCCCGUUGGCCCAGAAGGGCCAAAGGGCAGCACUGGACCUUCGGGCCCAACUGGUUUACCUGGCCCCGUGGGCCCCACCGGAAAGCCGGGUCCCAGGGGAGAUGCCGGCCCCCUGGGGCCCCAGGGUGAGCCCGGAGCCCGGGGAAUGAGAGGCUGGAAAGGGGAUCGAGGAGAAAAAGGGAAAAUUGGGGAGACGCCAGUCUUGCCCAAAAGCGCCUUCACCGUGGGGCUCACGGUGCUGAGCAAGUUCCCUCCGUCAGACGUGCCCAUCAAGUUCGACAGGAUCCUGUACAACGAGUUUGGCCACUACAGCGUGGCCACGGGGAAAUUCACCUGCCACGUCGCCGGCGUCUAUUACUUCACCUACCACAUCACCGUUUUCUCCAGGAACGUCCAGGUGUCUUUGGUCAAAAACGGGGUAAAAGUCCUGCACACCAAGGACGGUUACAUGAGCUCCGAGGACCAGGCGUCCGGUGGCAUCGUCCUGCAGCUGAAGCUCGGGGACGAGGUGUGGUUGCAGGUGACGGGAGGGGAGAGGUUCAACGGCCUGUUUGCGGAUGAGGACGACGACACCACGUUCACGGGCUUCCUCCUGUUCAGCAGCGCGUGAUGGGUCGGGGGGCGGGGAGCGGUUCUAACUCUGUCUCUCCAUCCGCCUGAAUCAGCUUGGUGAAGACAUUAUUUGAUGGUUUUACCACGUUAAUUAUAUCACCACUGUCAUAACCAUAAAAAGGUGAAAGUAGGAAAGUUAUUCCUAAAACUGAGUCUAUAGAACUCGCUAUCCUUCCGAGAGUAAAUGUAAAACUACCUGCUGUGUUUAUUACAGUGUAUUUGAUAUUUUCCAUCAUUCCCGUGAUCUGAAGAAUCCUUUGCUCAGGCGUUCCUUGUGGGGAGUGUUUUGAUAUCAUUUUAGUGCUCGAACUAGCCGUGUGAUGAUGUAUCUCCCAUCUGAAUUCCUGAGGACAUUACAGGGAAAGAAAAGGAAGUGUUUAUUCCCUCUGUGACUAAUAAGAGUUUGGGCUGGUGACAGUGGCACAGCCCAGGAAACUGCAGGACACUCUGCUCACUUUCUAUCUUGGGUUUUCAUCACCAUUCAACUCAACAAACAGUUGUUAGUAAACUGUUUGCCAAACUUGACUCUGUUUUAGUUUCCCUCCGUAUCCACAGUUCCGUAUCUGCAGAUUCAACCAACCAUGGUUGGAAAAUAUUUGGGAAAAAAAAAAAAUCAGGAAGUUCCAAAAAGCAAAACUUGAAUUUGCCAACCUGGAAACUGCUGACAUAGCAUUUACACUGUACUAGAUAAUUUAAGUAAUCUAGAGGGGAACUGCCCUGUGGUCCAGCGAAUAAUCCCCUCCUAAAAUUCUGGAAGCGUUAACUAUGCUUACGUUAACUCCAUACACUUUUCCAUUAGCUGAGAGCAACUAAUAAAGAAGCAAGAGGAGACAAGCCCAGUGCAUAUUCAAGCGACAGCAUCUUUCAGAUCACAGCCUGGGACUCUGACGGACUUACGGCCGUUCUCUCCACACGUCAACCAAGUCAGCGCAGUUGUGACAGUAUCUUCAUUCCUUGGGAAAAUGGGAAUUUUCUGAAUUAUCAUUAUAAGCAGUCAGCACUGCUAUAGAUGAAAAGGUGAAAAAUUACUUGGUUUUGGAAAACUUUGGAUAUAUGUGGAAAUCAUUUCUGUUUAUAGGCAUUUUAUUGGCUUUCCUUAAUGUAUGUUUCUUCUAGAACAGAGCCAGGACUCGGGUGAAGCACGUGAGACACCCCAAGUCCCCCACUUGCCUUGGCGCCCUAACGUUGGCCCAGCUGUAGGGACUGAUCAUUUUCUUUAUUGAGCCAGAGUGUCCUUAUGCUUUGGCUUCUUUCAAUUGCAAUAAGCCGAGCUGUUUUUCCCCAGUGUUAAGUCUGGUGUUGUUAUGGACCAAACAAUUCGUGUACUAACUCCCUUCUAAUUAGGGUCAGAACUUUAUAGGUGAGAUAGGCAUAAAGGAAAAAAGUACAGUUUAUGACCAGAAUAUUGGAUACAAGCUUUCAUAAAUUCUUUUUUUUUUGCAGGGCAAAUGUAUAAGAUGAAAUGUAAAACAUGUUAUAAAGAACUUCAAAAGGAUAAAGUUGAUUGGGGAGGUGUCUGAUCUGCCAUUUGGAAUUAUCUCUCAUCUGCUGUCUGUGGAUCUGGUCUGCAGUUUUUACAAGUCUAACUACGCCAGGCUCCCUGAGACACAAGACACCUCGUUAACGUAGCACAAGCCAGCAUCCUUUGAGGGUGUUUUUACGCUUCAAUUGUUUGCAUUAAAAAUGGUUAGGAACCAUUCUGGGCUAAAGAAAAGCUCUUAGAUUUGAAACUCCUUUUAAAAAAUAUGAUAAAGUAAGUAGUUUUGUCACAUAUAUUGAUGAAUAUUUUUACAUGGCAGAU